AUGGCUACUGCUCAAAAUCAAACCGGCAACUUCACUCGGCGAGACAAACUCGUUGAAUACGAAUUAGCUGCGCAGAAGAAGUGGGAUGAGGCCCACGUUUAUGAGCGGAAUGCCCCAGAGGACGGCAAGGGUCCAGAGCACUUUAUGGUGACGUUCGCCAUCCCCUAUAUGAAUGGAAUGCUGCAUCUUGGUCAUGCCUUCUCGCUUACUAAGGCCGAGUUCGCCGUCCGUUACCAGUCUCUCAAGGGAAAGAACGCUCUCUUCCCGUUUGGUUUUCACUGCACUGGUAUGCCCAUCCAAGCUGCUGCUGGUAACCUCAAACGAGAGCUGGCUCAUGCGAUGGAGAGCGAGGAUGAGACCAGUGAUCCUGAGAGCUCUGACCAAGGACAGCAGACCUCCGGUGAAAGUAGCAGACCGCUCGUACUGGUUCAUGGGGAUGGUCUAUUGUUAGGUGCUGUGGCCUCACUGGAGCGGAAGGCAGUUGGGAUCUUCCACUCUAAGAAGUCCAAGACCAAGGCCAAGACCGGCGGCCUAAGCCAGAUCGAAAUCUUGAAGAGCAUGGGCAUCCCGGAUGAGGAGAUCCCUAAGUUUUGCGAGCCCCAGCAUUGGUUGGAAUACUUCCCGCCUCUGGGCAAGCGCGAUCUCAAGCGUUUUGGUGUUGCUGUGGACUGGAGGCGUAGUUUUAUCACUACUGAUGCCAAUCCCUUUUUCGAUGCCUUCGUGCAGUGGCAGUUCCGUCAUUUGAAGGCGGGCAACCGUCUGGCGUUCGGCAACCGUCCCACUAUCUAUUCAAUUCGUGAUGGUCAGCCCUGUGCUGAUCACGAUAGAGCCUCGGGAGAAGGAGUGAACCCUCAGGAGUAUACUCUCAUUAAAAUGGGUGUACGGGCAGUGAAACCCGAAUGGAAUACUGGUGACAAUAAGGUUUUCUUCGUGGCCGCCACUCUGAGGCCCGAGACCAUGUAUGGCCAGACCAACUGCUUUGUACUCCCUACCGCCGAGUAUGGCGUCUUCCAAAUGAACAAUGGAGAGGCCUUUAUUUGCAGCUAUAGGUCAGCAUUGAACAUGGUUAUGCAGGAGCUUGGACCGAAGACCAAGAAUGAGGAUGGGGAAGACUGUCCUGUGCAGCUGAGUACUGUGAAGGGUUCCGACCUCCUUGGUACACCCUUGAGUGCCCCUCUUGCGAAGUACUCGACUGUAUAUGCCCUUCCUUUGCUGACCAUCAGCAUGGGCAAGGGUACCGGUAUUGUGACAUCUGUCCCUGCUGAUGCUCCCGAUGACUAUGCGGCUCUGAAGGACUGGAAGACUCGACAGAACUGGCGUGAUCAGUACGGAGUAAAGGAGGAGUGGUGUGUGCCCUUUGAGGUUGUACCUAUUAUUCGUAUUGAGGACAUGCCAGAGUGGGGUGACGAGGCUGCUUCGUAUUUGUGCGAGUCUAUGAAGAUCGACUCCCACAAGCAGAAGGACAAGCUUACUGAGGCUAAGAAGCUAUGCUAUAAUAAGGGCUUCUAUCAGGGAAAAAUGAUUAUUGGCCCUUAUGCUGGCAAAACAGUGCAAGAGGCCAAGCCCCUAGUGCGUAAGGAUCUCAUUGAUGCCGGUUUGGCCAUCAAGUACUACGAGCCGGAGGGACUUGUAGUGAGCAGAUCUGGUGAUGAGUGCGUGGUUGCCUAUUGUGAUCAAUGGUAUAUACGGUAUGGUGAGGAGGAGUGGAAGAAUAACGUCCUUGACCAUGUGCAGCACCAUUUCGAGACCUACAACCCUAGCAGUUUGAAUCAACAAAUCAGUGCUAUAGAUUGGCUGAAGAAUUGGGCAUGCUCUCGUAAUUUCGGCCUCGGUACCCGUCUACCUUGGGACAAGCGAUGGGUCAUCGAGAGUCUGUCGGACUCUACUAUUUACAUGGCUUAUUACACUAUCGCCCAUCUACUGCAGGGAGGCGUCCUUGAUGGCUCUGGUGACCAUCCUCUCGGCAUUGAUGCUGAGCAGAUAACUGAUGAUGUUUUCGAUUAUAUCUUUGAUCUUGCUUCUGAGCCUCCAGCUGAUUGUGCCAUUUCCCGGGAGAGUCUUGAUAAGCUGAAGAGAGAGUUCAACUACUGGUACCCUAUGAGUCUGAGGUGCAGUGGUAAGGAUCUGAUCCCGAAUCACUUGACUAUGUGCCUGUACAGUCAUGCAGCUAUCUGGGAAGACCGUCCGGACCUUUGGCCUCAAGCCUUCUUCACCAAUGGUCAUGUGAUGGUGGAUGAUGAGAAGAUGUCGAAGUCGCGGGGUAACUUCCUCACGCUGGACCAGGCCUGCGGGGAGUUCUCGGCCGACGCGACUCGUCUGGCUUUGGCUGAUGCUGGCGAUGGUCUUGAGAAUGCUAACUUCAAGAGGAAGACGGCUAAUGACAGUAUUUUGUCUCUUACUACCUUCGAUAAUUGGGCCACUGAGGUCAUGACCAGCUCUGAGGAGCUCGCCAAGGAGCGCGAUGGUGAAUAUACAUUCGUGGACAAGUGUUUCGCCAACGAGCUCAACAGACUGAUCCAAGAGGCCGAUGCUGGGUACUCUAAGAUGAUGAUGAGGGAUGCCCUCAAGGCUGGUUGGUUCGACAUGCAGAACCUCAGGGACCAAUAUCGUGUGCUCACUGAUGGCUCAAUGCAUCGUCAUCUACUAAGGCGUUACAUCGAGGUCCAGGCCUUGGUCAUGGUGCCCAUCACCCCCCACUUCUGCGAACAUAUUUGGAGCGAUAUCCUUCAUAAAGAGGGUCUUGUCGUCCAGCAGUCGUGGCCUGUUGCUGAUGCCCCAUUCAACGAGUCCCUCAGCCGACAGUACAAUAUGCUGCAGUCUAAUCUUCGUGAGUUCCGCUUGGAGCUCCAGAAGCACAUGCAACCUAAGAAGAAGGCCCCUGCACCGGUCCCUCCUACUGAUGCUGUCAUUUACGUUACGAAGGAGUAUAAGCCGUUCCAGCAGACGUGUUUGAAGGUCCUUAGUGAAGUCGAGCUUGAUGAGAACAAUGAGCCGGUCGAUAAGAAGUUUAUGGGUAACUUCUUCAAGGACCAUCCUCUUAUCAAGGAGUUGUCCAAGCAGGAGAAGGGUAUGGCUAUGAAGUUCGCCCCCUUCCACAUGCAGACGGAAGUGAAGACUAAGGGCAAGGCAGCAUUGGCCCUCACGUUGCCCUUUGAUGAGACUAGGAUGAUCGAGGAUCAGAAGGGGCUCAUCAAGAAGCAGCUAGGCCUACCUGGUGAGGUCGAGGUUAGGGAUGCCGCUGAGGACUCUGCAGUUGACAAGAACAACCGCAGGGCAACCGGCGCCCCCGGCAGGGCAGUCAUCGUUUUCUAUGCGAAGGAAGUUACUGAGUAGAUACUGGUAGUGUAACUGUCACGAUUCUGUCAUUCGUUUUCCUACUAUGAUCCUACUGUAGACAUUGAAAGUAGUAGAAUAA